CCGAGUGAGGUCUAUAGAAAUUUGACAGCUUCACAGGUGAGAGAAGCGGCUAAAGGCUGUCAUAUUUUACAUUUCUCUUUUAUUGCACGGAACACUAUUCACUGUGAGCCUGGGGUUGCCACAGUCAAAAAACAACCACCCGAAGAAUAAUCAUUCCGGAAGCAUGAGCAAAAAGAAAAAGGAUUGGAAGACUGAAAAAGAGAGACUUCUCCAAAUGGACCGCGAGGAGAGACGCAAGGAGGGCUAUCGUCGUCAAGAUUAUAUAAGUUUGGACAAGAUUCCAACCUGGAGAGAAGAAAACUAUGCUGAAGAAGAAGGGAGGCUUGAAACAAGCGGAGGAGGGCUGAGCGAUAAAGUAUCUCUCUACAAAGGAGACAUUACCGUCCUGGAGUUGGAUGCCAUUGUCAAUGCUGCAAAUUCAAGUCUUUUGGGAGGAGGCGGUGUCGAUGGCUGCAUACACAAAGCGGCAGGUUCCUGUCUCUAUGAUGAGUGUCAAACACUAAAUGGCUGUGAAACCGGAAAAGCCAAGAUCACCUGCGGCUAUGAUCUCCCUGCAAGAUUUGUGAUUCACACAGUGGGUCCAGUGGCCAGAGGUCAUGUGGGCCCCACCGAGACCAACGACCUCACCUCUUGUUACCAGAACUCCCUCAGGCUGGUGAAGGAGUACGGCUUGAGCAGUGUGGCCUUCCCAUGUAUAUCCACAGGGAUCUACGGCUUUCCCAAUGAGCCUGCAGCUGGCAUCGCUCUGAACACAGUAAAGCGAUGGAUUGAAGAGAAUCCUAAUACGAUCACACGAGUCAUUUUCUGUGUCUUCCUUGAAACUGACUUUACCAUCUACAAGAAGAAGAUGGCGGUUGUCUUUCAAGACAAUGACAUGGAGGAUGCAGAGGAUCAGCUGAAGGGAGAUAACACACCGCCAUCUACAAAAUCAACAACCAAGGACGAUGACAGCAACAAAGGAAAGGAGGAAGCAGGUGAUGAAGACGAGGGUGACAAUGAUGUGGAAGGAAUUGAAGAUGUGGUGAUGGAGAGUCAGAACCCAGAUGAAGAUUUGGGCCAUGAGAUGAUGAGUCAAGAGAGAGAUGAAGAUCAAAAUAACAGCCAAGACAAACAUGAUCACACCAGCAUCGAUAAAAAUGAUGAAGACACGACUUUUGACAGCGAGGAUAAAGAUGAAGCUGAAGAAGUGCAAAGUACUACAAAGACAGAUGAUGAAGACACAGGAAAGUCCACUGUAGAGAUGGAAGAUGUUUCCGAGACCGUUGAGACUGACACCAGCAAUGGAGAGGGCAUAAAACAUCCAGUUGAGGGCUCAGAGGAACCGACAUCAACUCAGACUGACAACAUCAAAUCCAAAGACGCUGCUGAGAAGAAAGAAUGACCGCCUGGGGAAGGACAAUCAACCUCCUCUGACAGCCAGCAAACUGAGCGACGGCCAUUCACAGCAGUGUCAGACAAAACCAAUGGCGGUCCGGGUGCUGUCACAUGUCCGAGACAUUCAGUCACCGAUCACGAUUCCAGUUUCAUUUAGCUCUUUAUUUGUCAAUACGUCCUUUAGCCCCUUGGAGUUAUGUGUGUAUCGAAAACCUUCCGGGGUUUGAACAUAUCAACCAGAAAAAAUGAGCCAUACCACACUGUGUCGUCACAUUGUUAUUGUGCCAGUCGAAUGUCAUCAGUUGAAGCGAGUCUCUUAGUCAGAGCCACGCCCACUAGAAGAGCAUCCUGGCCACUCCAGGCUGGGUGAUGCUUCACACUUGUCAAAAAAUCUCUCCACAUACGCCAUAAACGAUGCUUCAGAGUGAGCGACCUUUUUGAGCCAAACCACUACUGAGCCUCACUAAUCACCGCUCUACUUUUUUUUUUUUUUUUUAAUUCAUCAAACAUCCACGCACGCUAAAAAGCAUGUGAUUGUCUUCUAACAAAUGGACUAGCCCGCUCUCUUUCUUUUCUUUCACCAUUCUCGGUGCAUGCCAGCAGAUUGCUUUGAACAAAAAGUUACACUCAUCUCGGCUUCCGCGUGUCUCCUUAUCAGAUUGUCUAAUUAUACUGAAGAAUCUGCCUUAUUUCACAUCAAACAUCUAAUCAUUAUCACAGAUUUAACGAGAUGAUCCAAGUAUGAAUCCUAGGUUGUGUUUUUCAGAUUAGAUUGUAUCAUUUAAAAACAUGUAAUACUUGAUUUAUAUGUGUGUUUUUAUUUUUAGUUCUGUAUGAUUUACGACUUACCUUCAGUGAUGUCACACUGAGGAUCAAAUGGGUCACAGUCUAUGAAAUGAUGCCUUCAUACUUUGAUGUUUUGCUUUGCUAAAAUAUAACUGAAAGAACUAAUAAAGAUUCAAGUGAGAUCCACGUCAUGGUUUUUAAAUGUCACGAUUCUAAUUUUUUGCAUCGUAACAGGAGCUCAUGUUUUAUUUCGUUGUGAUUGCAUCGGAGAUAGUUAACGUUACCUCAGCUCAUACAUUAUAUGUGAGCCGCUGUAACAGAGCAAUCAGUGUGCGUCUCUGGGGGUAGUCAGGAACAAUUAGUGCGUCCUGUGAUCUCCUGCACGCUACCACUCAGGGCCCCCCCUCCUGAAUCGGAUGAGACGAGAUGUGUGGUACACCUUCUCACCUCAGAAACCCCCCCACUCAGACUGAG